UUCGCCGUCGAUCUCUAUACGAACGGCCGAGGCGAGGUCAUGAGUGCAAGUGAGGCCAGCCGAGAUUGUGUUGUGCUGUACGUGCGUUUUCAAAGGAAGGAGCAGAGACGGAACACCUUCCAGCUGUUCUCUACAAAGAUCCCCUCACAUUGGAUCCGAAUUUCAAGACAAUCUUGCUAAAAUCUUCAGAUUUAAGAUCUGAUUCUAUACUGAAAAGGAACAUGGCUUCACGUCGCUCCCAGAGUCCUGUGGACAGUGAGGAUGGCUCAUUUAGCGACAGUGAAGGCAGUGACAACGAAUCUGGACGUCGCUCCCAGAGUCCUGUGGACAGUGAGGAUGGCUCAUGUAGCGAUAGUGAAGGCAGUGACAACAAAUCCGAAGAUGAAAGUAGCAGCAGCAGCAGUGAGCGGACUGAUCACAGCAGUGAUGAAGACUCUGAUGAUGUCAUGCCAAGGAUUUCCUCCUCCACCACACCUGCAGAGAUGCAGGAAUCUAAUCUGAGCGCUCUGCAGGAUAUCAUCAACCCCCUUGAGCAGGGGCUGCUGUCUUUUAACUCCCUGUCAGAGACACUCCUCAGUAUUGAUGCAGAUAUUGUCACUCCUGGAUGUCAGACCUUUGAUAACUUCAGACGAGAAGUGCAGUGUAUGGAGAAACACUUGAAUGAGUCAGAGAAGAGAGCCUGUGAAGAGCUAGAGCAGCUUGAUAAGAAGACUGAGACUCUUACUGUACACAAGUCUGAUUUAGAGACAUAUAGAAAGGAGCAAAGUUCUAAGUUAAAAGAAUUGAAAACCAUUCUGGACUCAUAUGAGUCCAAUUUAAAGAGUUGCACUGAAGCCCGAAAGGCUGAGAAGAGAAACCUGAAAUCUGCAGAAGAGACCCUGGAGGAAAUGCAGGACAGAGAAAAUGAUGCACGGGAAUUAAGGAAUACUGGGAUUGGUCUGUUGGCUAUCCCAGUUUUAGGAUGGGUUGCCGGAGGAAUCAUGAUUGGAGUUGGCGAAGCAGACUUAAGCUCAGCCACGGAUCAAGUAAAAGAAGCCUGUGAUAUGUAUGAGAAAUGUAACUCUCAGAUAAAGAAAUACACAAAAAAGAUAUCUCACUACAAUGAAAUUAUUUCCAAAGCUGAGAAGGAAAUCAAAAAGGUGAAUAGGAGAAUUCCUGAGACUGAGGCAGAACUGAAGGAUUUGUCUGAGAAACGUAAAACUGUUGCAAACCUUCAGAGUCAAGCGAGAAGAGUUUUCCAUCAUCUGGGGAUUCUCUCUGGGGUGGGAGAUGCAGUUGAGAGUCAGACCAGAAAGCAGAUCCUGGUGGAGACCGUGACGAAGGUGAUGCAUGAAUUGACACCAGUGCUAACCCAGAUAAUAGAAGAUGGUCUGCUUCCCACUCGAGGCUUAAAAAGAAUAAUGGAGAAAAUGAAAACCAACAACAGAAAACUAAAAGCAAAUCUGAGUGAAGACAAAAAUGAAUAUUACUGACAUGUUUUUCAUGUUUUCUUUUAACUAGAG